ACGACGAAAACGAAACGGACAUGUCUAAUCUUGAUUCUCUCGCAGUCGACUUAGAUCAUACGUUCGCAAUGUUCAGUUACGAUCUGGAAGCCAAGGUUGACCAAUUGGCUAUGACAAUCAAGACCAUCUCGGAGAAAGGACAUGUGAGACAUCAGGUCAUGCCCCUUAUCGGGGUGUUUGAACGUUGGACGAAGCUCGAGAUAGAGCGUGAGCGCGAGAGCCAGCUUCAGCCGGAGAACACGUCGACGGCAGGGGACACUCUCACUCUUCGAGUCAGGUUGGAGAGGAUGGUGAGUGAGGCCAGGGGAAAGAUCCGGAUCCGGAUCCCGGUGGAAUUGAAAGAAUCGACGGACAGGUGGAAGUCGUCGGGUUUGUUGACGGAGAACAAAGUCGGGUCCAUGUUGAGAUACCUUUUGGAAGGCGGGAUGAUGCUCUCUGAUCGGAAGGCUCUGCUGAGGGAUCCGUUGCGUGAGUUCGUCAGGGGGUCAGAGAGGGAUGGUUUGGCGUCGGGUUUGGAUAGGGUUAGGAUGAAAGAGAUGAUGGAAGACUUGGGAGAAGCAACAAGCUGGUUCCGCGGGCAGUGGGGCAUGUGACCGUAGAAAUUGCCCAUGGGUCAUGAUCUCUCUCUCUCUCUCUAUCUCUUACAUUUGUCAAUUAUCAUGAUUAGCUAUACCAUGUCAUUUCCGGCCAAUUGUUCAUGCAUUCUCCAUACUAUCA